AUGGUGAUCGAAUCGCUGAGUCUAUACUACCAUUUAGCUUGCUUCAUAUGUUCUCGUUGCUCCUGCCCUCUUGGGGAUGGGCAGUCCGACGCCUCAGUGCAGAUCAAGCGUGGUUUGCUUUACUGCCGGCUCUGCUAUCGAGCUGUCAGCACCAUUGGCAGACAGACUCGUCCGGCUGGGGCAAGCAACGGUUGCAACGGAUUGGUCUGUGAUCAGGUUGAGGUUGCGGUAGAAACUGGCUCAGCUGGACAGCAGCAUCUACAACAUCGACCAAAUCAACAUCGUUCUCAAUACAAGAACCUUCAGCCAAGACAACAACAGCAGCAGCAGCAACAUCGGAGAUUGCAUCAGUCCCACCAAUCUCCAGGUGUGACCAAAUAUAGUCCGCUUUGCAUUCUUAAACGGAAUUUACUGACGCCUGGUUGGGGUACGCUCAUAGAUGGCGCAAGCUCACUACUUUUUGCUUCUUAUAGCGUUUUCGUCUUCCUUAAAUAA